AUGACAAGUCGAGGCCCCCUAACCGCGUACCUGCUAGCAAGCACUCCCAAUGCGCUGAAGCGCGCAACAACCCACCCUUUCCUCGCCUCCGCCGGCCGCGGCACCCUCCCAAAAUCCCAACUAAGCCAAUGGCUCUCGCAAGACCGACUCUACGCACAAUCCUACAUCCGGUUCAUAGGCCUCCUCCUCUCAAAAAUCCGUCUCCCAACCCAAAACCCAACAUCACCAGGCCCACACCUCCCAACCCCAGAACACAAUGCCAUAACCGUCCUCAUUGAUGCCCUCGUCAACAUCCGCACAGAACUCGAAUUCUUCGAAAAGACCGCAAACGACUACGGCCUAGAUCUAACAGCAAUCUCCGCCGAAGAAGGCGGCUGCACACUCACAUCCUGCGGCCGGGGCUCGGACAUCACUACUUCCGGUGGUAUCUCGACCACCGGCUCCGGAAGCUGUCCCGGCAUCACAGGCGGCGAGGACGGGUGUAUUCCAUCCUCCAACGACAACGACCCGAGCAGCGCACCCGGCCACGGUCUAUGUGCGAGUCAGGGGGAGUGCCAGAUGCCUUCCGAUGGGGGAAUUUGUGCGCCUGGACCGCAGUUCAAUGAGUCUGGACGGGGCGUGGAGCCUUCUGCUGUUGGUGGGGAUGUUGGGGGGAAGGUGGGUGUGCAGGAUGGUGGUGAGCGGUGUGGAACUAUUUUCUUCUGUGCUAGUCGCACGACCAGGGCUUAUAUUGAUAUGUUUAUGUCUGCUGGGAGUAGUGGGGUUUCUAUUUUGGAGGGGUUAGCGGUGUUGUGGGCUACGGAGGUUUGUUAUUUGAAAUCUUGGAGGUUUGCGGCGGGUUGUAUGCGGGAGGAUGGGAAGAGGGAUUAUACGAAGGAUGCAGAUGGGGGUGCAUUGAGGGAGAAAUUUAUUGAGAAUUGGGCGAGUGUUGAAUUUGAGGGGUUCGUUGAUCGGAUUGGGGAUGUUGUUGAUGAGAUGGCGGGGCAGAUCAAGGGUGCGGAGGAGUUGGAGAUUACGCGGGGAAGGUGUUUGGAGUGGUGGAGGCAGAUUGUUUGGUUGGAGGAGAAGUUUUGGCCCAGUGUCGCUGAAUGA